CGCGUUGCGGCCGCUCUGUCCGUUGUUCCCUGGCGCUGUCCUGCUGCCGCUGCUCGGUGCGACUCUGCGAAACUACUGCUCCCUGGCUACCUGAGAGAUCUAGUGAGAUCCAUGAGAGGCCGGUAGUGAUCUACAGAAAGGGAAAAAUCGAAGGAUGGCUUUCCCACAGCCAAAACCUGCGGAUGGAAAAAUCAUCAUCUACCCUCCUGGUGUUAAGGAAAUUACUGAUAAAAUAUCCAAUGAUGAAUUGGUCAAAAGGCUAAAGAUGGUGGUUAAAACAUUCAUGGAUAUGGACCAGGACUCUGAAGAUGAAAAACAACAAUAUCUUCCAUUGGCCUUGCACUUGGCUUCAGAGUUCUUUCUCAGGAAUCCCAACAAAGAUGUACGUCUGCUUGUGGCAUGCUGUUUGGCUGAUAUCUUCAGAAUUUAUGCACCAGAAGCUCCUUACACAUCUCAUGACAAACUGAAGGACAUUUUCAUGUUCAUUACUCGGCAACUUAAGGGAUUGGAGGAUACUAAAAGUCCACAGUUUAAUAGAUAUUUUUAUUUAUUAGAGAAUCUGGCAUGGGUAAAGUCCUACAACAUCUGUUUUGAACUUGAAGAUUGUAAUGAAAUCUUUAUACAGCUCUUCAGGACCCUGUUUUCAGUGAUAAACAACAGCCACAAUCAGAAGGUUCAGAUGCAUAUGUUGGACUUGAUGAGUUCUAUCAUCAUGGAAGGAGAUGGAGUAACUCAGGACCUACUGGACUCCAUUCUUAUCAACCUUAUUCCUGCACACAAGAACGUGAAUAAACAAGCUUAUGAUUUAGCUAAAGUACUCCUGAAGAGAACUGCUCAAACAAUUGAACCAUGUAUUGCCAGUUUCUUUAACCAAGUGCUAGUUCUGGGAAAGUCUUCCGUCAGUGAUUUGUCUGAACAUGUUUUUGACCUCAUUAUGGAGCUUUUCGCAAUUGACCCUCAUCUGCUGCUCUCAGUAAUGCCACAGCUCGAGUUUAAGCUGAAGAGCAAUGAUGGAGAAGAGCGACUGGCAGUAGUUCGACUCUUGGCAAAACUGUUUGGUGCAAAGGAUUCGGAGCUUGCAUUACAGAAUCGCCCCCUGUGGCAAUGUUUCCUGGGACGAUUUAAUGACAUUCAUGUUCCUGUGAGACUGGAAUGUGUGAAGUUUGCAAGUCAUUGUUUAAUGAAUCAUCCAGAUUUAGCCAAAGAUCUUACAGAAUACUUGAAGGUUCGAUCACAUGAUCCAGAAGAGGCAAUUCGGCAUGAUGUCAUUGUUACAAUAAUUACAGCAGGAAAGAAAGAUUUGUCACUAGUGAAUGACCAGCUGCUCGGGUUUGUGAGGGAGAGAACUCUAGACAAAAGGUGGCGGGUACGUAAAGAAGCAAUGAUGGGCUUGGCUCAACUAUACAAAAAGUAUUGCCUUCAUGCAGAGGCUGGAAAAGAGGCUGCUCAGAAAGUGAAUUGGAUCAAAGAUAAACUGCUGCAUAUCUAUUACCAGAAUAGCAUUGAUGACAAGUUGUUGGUGGAAAAAAUCUUUGCUCAGUAUCUUGUUCCGUAUAAUCUGGAAACAGAAGAAAGAAUGAAAUGUCUGUAUUACCUUUAUGCUUCCCUGGACCCAAAUGCAGUGAAAGCAUUGAAUGAAAUGUGGAAGUGCCAAAACAUGCUACGGAGUCAUGUCCGGGAGUUACUAGACCUGCAUAAACAAGCUGCAUCAGAGGCUAACAAUAAUGCAAUGUUUGCCAAACUGAUGGCUAUAGCAAAAAAUUUGCCUGACCCAGGAAAAGCACAGGAUUUCAUGAAGAAAUUUAAUCAGGUCCUGGGUGAUGAUGAAAGGCUACGAGGUCAGUUGGAGCUGUUGAUUAGCCCUGCCUGCUCUUGUAAACAAGCAGAAGUCUGUGUGAGAGAAAUUACUCGUAAAUUAGCAAAUCCCAAACAGCCAACUAAUCCCUUUCUGGAAAUGGUGAAGUUCUUACUAGAAAGAAUUGCACCAGUGCACAUUGAUUCAGAAGCCAUAAGCUCCUUAGUGAAGUUAAUGAACAAAUCCAUUGAAGGGACAGCAGAUGACGAAGAAGAGGGUGUUUCACCCGAUUCUGCCAUCAGGGCAGGCUUGGAACUACUUAAGGUUUUAUCAUUCACACACCCUACCUCCUUCCACUCUUCAGAGACCUAUGAAUCGCUCUUGCAGUGUCUGAAAAUGGAGGAUGAUAAAGUUGCUGAAGCUGCUAUUCAAAUCUUCAGAAACACUGGGCACAAAAUUGAGACAGACCUUGUACAGAUACGCUCAACUCUCAUUCCCAUUUUGCAUCAGAAAGCAAAAAGAGGUACCCCUCGCCAAGCUAAGCAAGCUGUUCACUGUAUUCAUGCUAUUUUUACAAACAAAGAAGUACAACUGGCACAGAUCUUUGAGCCACUAAGCAAAAGCCUAAAUGCUGACACCCCAGAACAACUGGUAACUCCACUCGUCUCAUUGGGACACAUUGCUAUGUUGGCACCAGAUCAGUUUGCCUCUCCAAUGAAGUCAGUAGUCGCAAAUUUUAUCGUAAAAGAUUUACUAAUGAAUGACAGGUUCCCUGGAGGAAAAAAUGGUAAAUUAUGGACUCCAAAUGAAGAAGUCUCUCCAGAAGUACUGGCAAAGGUUCAGGCUAUUAAGCUUUUGGUACGGUGGUUAUUAGGAAUGAAGAAUAAUCAAUCCAAAUCUGCAAAUUCUACACUUCGGCUGUUAUCAGCCAUGCUGGUUAGUGAAGGUGACCUAACUGAACAGAAAAAGAUAAGUAAAUCUGAUAUGUCUCGAUUACGGUUGGCUGCAGGAUGUGCUAUACUAAAACUUGCACAAGAACCUUGCUAUCAUGAAAUUAUCACCCCAGAGCAGUUCCAACUUUGUGCACUUGUUAUAAAUGACGAGUGUUACCAGGUGAGACAAAUAUUUGCUCUGAAACUUCACAAAGCCCUCGGAAAAUUAAUGCUCCCAUUGGAAUAUAUGGCGGUGUUUGCACUCUGUGCCAAGGACCCUGUGAAAGAGCGAAGAGCACAUGCCAGACAGUGUCUCCUUAAAAAUAUAAGUAUACGAAGAGAAUAUAUUAAACAGAAUCCAAUCGCUCAUGAGAAGCUUUUGUCACUAUUACCAGAAUACGUAGUUCCGUACACAGUUCAUUUGCUAGCUCAUGAUCCAGAUUUUACCAAAACACAGGAUAUUGAACAGCUACGUGACAUUAAAGAGUGCCUCUGGUUCAUGUUGGAAGUUUUAAUGGCGAAAAAUGAGAAUAAUAGCCAUGCUUUUAUAAGGAAAAUGGUGGAGAACAUCAAACAAACUAAGGAUGCCCAAGCACCUGAUGAUGGCAAAAUGAAUGAGAAACUCUAUAUAGUGUGUGACGUAGCUCUUAAUGUCAUCACAAGCAAAAGUACUACACAUAAUCUGGACUCUCCAAAGGAUCCUGUACUGCCAACCAAGUUCUUCACCCCACCAGACAAAGAUUCCUGCAAUAAUAAAUGCUACUUGUCAGAUGAAGCAAAGACACUGUUACUCACUGGAAAGCCCAAACCAGCUACAGUAUUGGGUACAGUAAACAAACCUUUGUCAGCUGCUGGUAGAAGGCCACAAACUAGAACUCCAGGCUUGGAAACAGGAACCAAUAUAAGUGCAAAUUCUGAAUCUAAUUCGCCAGCUACAAACAGGGGAAGGGAGCAGAAUUCAGAAGUUCCUGAAACAGAAGUUAGUGAAAAUGAAGAAAAUCCAGUCAUAUUGCUUACAGUGGUUCCAGCUAAAACAGAGAAGAAAGAUGAACCAGUUAGAAAUAAGGAGAUGUCCUCUGAACAGUCUUUACCACCACAGACCAGUACAGAACGUGGAAAGAAAAGGACAGCACCUGCAGCUGGUUCAGAGAACAUUCAGCAAAUACCAGAAGAGAAGAAAUCUGAAGAGACUGCAAUACCAGUUCCCCCCAAAGCUAGGCGUGGCCGUCCUCCCAAAGCUGCAUCUGAAAGUAAUGCUGCCAAGAAUACAGAUACAAACAAAACAUCAGGCAGAGGAAGGAAAAGAGUUGCAGCCAAUCAGGAAAGCCCUGCAGAACCAGAAACAACAAAUGUUAAAGUACCAAAACAACAAGAAACAAAUGUUAAGCGAGCACCAGCACAGAGACAGAUGGAUCUACAAAGGUAAGAAGAAAGACCAUGCCAAAGGGAAGGAGACAAAGGCUGUAGAAAAGAAGUAUUCCUUGCCACUGAGGGAAAUGUACCACAUAAAAGGAUUGAGAUACUAUACUAAAUCUUAAGUUAGUUUACACAAUUCCUCACCCUCAAAACAUCAGGACAACACUGCAUCAGAGUUUAGGUUAUAUAUUAAGAAGAUAUUAUUGAACUCCUUCAUUUAAAUUUUAACUGAAAAUAUAACUUUUGCAAUGUUGGAGGGACAGCAUUGUAAUUCCCUGGGGUUAUUUUUAUGUAGUAUUUUUAUAUGUUAAGAUCACUUAACAAUUAUUGACACUCAUAAAAAUAAUCACCAGAUUAAGAUUUUGUUACAAAUGUCUUAUGUAACCAUUUUAAUUAUGCUUUAGUAAUUUGCUGCAACAGUUUUACCUUCCAAAGUAAGUUAUUAUUACUGACUUGUGAAGUCAGCAAUGGUGCAUUAUAAAAGUCACAUGUUACUAUUAAUUUUUCAGAUGGAAACAUUUGUGUUAUUUAAAACAGACCCAAUUUGAAUAUAAUUUGAUUUUGUUGAGAGUGAAAGAAUAAAGCUGUGGAUAAAAGAGCAGUUGAAUAUGUGCUUAUAAUAUUUGAAGCUACUGCCAUAAAUGUUGUAGUAAAGAUUUAAAAAGUGUAAUACUGAAGUCAGCCGUUAAGUUGGGGAUAUUUUUGACACUGUUCUCUAAAAUUUGCACUGAAUCCACAUUGUUUAACCUUUUAAAAAUGAAUCUCAGCAAGGUUUCUAUAUCAGUAUACUGUCCAGAAUCUAUGUUCAUCAAAAAUAAUUUUUCCCUGUAAUUCAUAUUGACAGUUAACAAAACUUGCACAGAAUUUUUUUUGUGAAUACAAACUGAAGUCUAGUGAAAGCAGUUGUUUUGGAAUUGCUGCCUUUUAAAUAACUAUUCCCUCAAUGUGUCCUCAUUUGUGUUUUUCUGCUUACCUUCCUCAACCAGGGAAAGUGGGGCUAAUCUGAACUUUGCAUUUCUCCACAGUUGCCAAUGUGCUGCUUUUGUUGGCCAACAUGCCAGCAUGCGUUCUAGGAUGGAAUUGGACCGCUAUUUUUUUUCUGUGUAUCCCUCGCCUAGGUGGCUAAGCAUUCUAUAUAACGAAGCUCUCCUGACUGUGGCAGCUUGACUGAAAAUUGGUCAGGCUUAACCUUUACAGCAAGCCAAAUUCAAGUGUUCUUUAAGCAAAUGUUUUAAUUUGGGGUUUUAAGGGUCCCAGUGGGAGUUAAUUACUCUUAAAGGGUUUUCUUGAAUUUCACUUCAUGUUGAAUAGUGGAAAGAAUUUUAAAAAAACAGCAUUUUAAAGCAUUUCCUCUAUCCUAACAUUAAUUUUUAAAACUUGCUUUUAGUACUUUUAAUUUAUGAAAUUUUAUCAAGAGGCCUUUUAUGUUUUACUUUCAUAUAAAACUAUAUUGCUCUGGAAGGUAAAGGAAACUUUUUGAGUUUCAGAUUUUUAUAUCAGAUCUUGAAGUGAAUGAGGUACUUUUGAAAGACCGGUUUUAUGAUGAGAUGUUCAAGUUACCAGGCUCUGUAACCAAUGAUGUAAAAAAAAUGAAGUGUUCUAGAAAAAAAUUGGAUUUUGGCAGCUUGCGAAGUCAGUUCAACAGUUCAAAUUGUUAAUACAUUUUAAGUGUGUUUUAUUGAUAUGUUGAAUUUUUUAAAACUAUUUUUCACUAGUUUGUCUCCCAGUUCACACUCAUCUGUUUAUUUUCGUGAAAUUCUUUGCGGUUGCAUCAAUGUUAUGAUUCCAGACAUUGUUCAUUGUAGUUAAUGUGUACAUUUUGAUGUACACAUGAUCAUAUUUAAUUUUUUGUUGCAUAAAGAAAUAAAUGCUUCUUAGGUGUC